UCAAUUAUUUGGAAAGGCUCCUCAGCUCCCCCCACACUCCCUCAUACUUCAAUAUCCUCUCUCAUACGUUGCAAACUUUAUGGGUACUUUUCAUAGGCUAUAAAUAUAUAAGCAACCUCUCCUUCUUCAUAACAACGCAUGUAACUCAAAGCCCACUACUGCCAUACCAAUUCCUUCAAUACAAAAUUCCUUAAGAGCUUCAAAUCACACAUACACAACUUUUCAACAUCAUAAAGCUUGAUCAAAAUCAUGUCAACCAUUGUUUAUCAAGAAUUACAAUUCUUAGAGUCCAAAACUCUUAGUCUCAAACUCAAUAGCCCCAACAAAAAUAACACUACAUUUAGUUCAUUUAAUGAACUAAAUUCAACACAUUCUCAUUCAUCAAAUUAUUCAAGAAAUUGUAGUUGGAGUGAAAUCCAAAAACUCUCAACCAAAAAAGAUGAUCAAAAAGAGGAAAUUUACAUUCACCCACUAACUAAAAACUCAUCAUCCUUCAAACUAAGUGAAAAAGGCUUAGAAAUGUGUACGGAAAGUCUUGGUAAUGAAACAGGAUGUGAUUCCACCAUGGAUGACACCUCCUUCUUCUCACUCUCACCACCAUUGUUAGAAUCAUCGAAGGUUGAAGAUCAAUCAAUGAAAUCCACCCAUUUGGAGGAUUUACACAAAAACAAGAAGAAAAAGAUGAAACUUCCAUUAUUUACACAUGGGGAUUUUCCACCUCCGUUAACAACAAUGAGUGGUUCAAACCCAAUUAAAGUUAGAACACAUAGAGAAGAUGGUAGAUUGGUGAUUGAAGCUUUUGAUUCUACUCCCAUUGUUGCUUCUUGUAUGAAAGCUGAAAGAAGUAAUGGGAGACUUAAACUGUCAUUAGUGAGUGAUUAUUAUGAUGACAUUAGGGUAAUCAAUGAUUAUUGUUCUUCUUCUAAUACCCAAGAAGUAGAAGAAGAUUGUCGUCAUCAUAACCGAUAUACCCCGCUGGUAGAACAAGAAAAUAAUGAGGAAAACAAUUAUAAUGGUGAAUAUUGUUCUUAUUCUAGUACCCCAGAAGGAGAAGAAAAUUAUUAUCGUCAUAACCGGUACAUCCCACUCGUUGAACAAGAAAAUAAUAGUCAAACUAAGGAUGAUUACGAGGAAAAUAAUUGUUCUUCUGGUACCCAAGAAGGUGAGGAAGAUUGUUGUUGUCAUAAUCAUUAUAUCUCGCUUCAAAAUAAGGAUGAUUAUGAGGAAAAUAAUUAUAAUGGUAAUUGUUGUUCUUUUAGUACCCAAGGAGAAGAAGAUUAUUAUGGUUAUAACCAAUAUAUUCCGCUUGUAGAACAAGAAAAUUAUAGUCAAACUAAGGAUGAUUAUCUGGAAAAUAAUUAUAAUGGUGAUAUUAAAGGUAUAACAGUAGAAUUGGGUGUAAAAUUGGGUUUAGAAAAGAUACAAAGGACAGGCAGAUGCAAGGAAGGAAGUCAGGCAGGGAAUAAGAGACUAAUCAACUAUAAACCUUUUUGGGUGGCUACUUAAAAAAAAAGAUAAAAUAGAAAAAAAAUUAUGAUACUUUUUUUAAAUGUAACUUUGUCUCUCCUAGCUUUUUGUUCAUUCAUGUACUUGUUGAAUAUAUAUAUAUAAGAGAAUUUUUGAGGUUAA